CUGUCACGGAGUUGCGAGUUAACUUAUUAAAGCGAGCCACCCAUCGGGAGUCGCUCAGCAGAAGAUGGAGGAGGCAGGACGGGCGGACGCCCCGGGCGGCACAGCUUCAGCGGCCGCCACCGCCGCCUCGCGGGUUUGAGCUCCCCAAAGCGUUGCGCGUCAUGGGCUUUCUGGAGAACUACCAGGAGAUCGACCCGGUCACCCUCAACCUGUGCAUCCUGAUCGCCAGCUACGUCAUCCUGCUCUUGGUUUUCCUCAUCUCCUGUAUCAUGUACGACUGCCGUGGCAAGGACCCCACCAAGGAGUACGCGCCCGACCCGCAGCCCACUCAGUCGCCCAUCCGCCUGGUGGUCAUGCAGAGCUCCCCGGCUCCGGUGGCGCGCUGGGACGCGGCCAACAUGAUCACCACCUACCACGAGCCCUCGCACGCAGACUUUCGGGAGAAGAAGAGCACCAUGGUUUGAGCGCCCCUGCUCAAAACUUCUCCGUCCUCUUUUUUUCCUCACUUUUACCCCCAUUUUGCUUUGAAACCGGCCCGUGUCGAGCGGCGUCGUUAAGCGGCCGUGCACGUGAAAUCCCGCUCAAGGAUCCGCGGGCCAAAGCCGGCAGUCUGCUCUAAUGUCAGAUGUCACAACUGAUAAGGCGCGCGCUUGUUUUGACGCACUCUCUCAGCCUCGGGAUUAAG